UUGAAGCGGAAGUAGCUGUCAGGUCUGGCUGCUGGUAGGCUGAAGAUGAGUUGUGAGAGGAGGAUGAAGAGUUGUGUUUAAAAAUACUUACAAACCUGAAAACUGACAGCUUCACUCGAGCAGCCAUGAAGACAGUGUUUGUAACCGUCGGCACCACGAGCUUUGAUGAGCUCGUUGAAAGCAUCACGUGUCCAGAGAACGUGCAGGCUUUAAAGGCUCGUGGAUAUGAGCGUUUGGUUCUUCAGGUUGGAAGAGGAUCUCUUCUUCCAGCUGCUGACAGCUGUCCACACAUCAGACUGGAGGCUUUUCGAUUCAAAGACUCGAUAGCAGAAGACAUCAAGCAGGCGGACCUCGUCGUCAGCCACGCAGGAGCAGGAAGUUGUUUGGAGGUGCUCGGAGCGGGCAAGCCUCUGCUGGUCGUAGUCAAUGACAAGCUGAUGGACAACCACCAGCUGGAGCUGGCCAGACAGCUACACAUGGACUCCCACUUGUUGUACUGCACAUGCAGCACCCUGACAGAAACUCUGAGGACCAUGGAUCUCUCUGUUCUUCAGCCCUUCCCACCUGGACAGCCAAAACUUUUUGCAAACUUUCUAGACAAAGCUCUCGGUGUUCAGUGAAACUUUAAUUUUACAGGACUGCUUAUUUUCUGUUACACUGAAGUUGUUGAAGAUGUUGCAGUAGAUUAUAAUACUUGGUUCUUACAUUAUGAUUGUAUAGUACACAACUGAUGCUGUUGAGUUUUUGUAUGCAAUAAUAAUAUAUGUCUAAUUUCAA